GUGUUGACCAGCCCCGGUGGGCUCUUGCCUCACCGGGAUAUUAUCGGGCAGCUGCCCGGGCAGAUGCUACGCACGUCGGGUGGGACGCGGCUGUUACUGAGGCGGCCCUCGCUGGAGGAAUACGUGCUGCUGAUGCCGCGGGGACCCACCAUCGCCUAUCCCAAGGAUAUAAGUGCUAUGUUAAUGAUGAUGGAUAUCCACCCGGGAGACACCGUGUUGGAAACUGGCAGUGGGUCAGGCGCUAUGAGCUUGUUUCUGUCAAGAGCAGUUGGGCCGAAAGGACGUGUUAUAAGUUAUGAAGUCAGAGAUGAUCAUCACAAUUUAGCUAAGAGGAAUUACAGGCACUGGCGUGCUGCAUGGGAAAUAGGACAUCUGGAAGAGUGGCCAGAUAAUGUGGAUUUCAUUCUUAAGGACAUUUUAACAGCUGCUGCGGAUAUGAAAUCUGUAACUCUUGAUGCAAUAUUUCUGGAUAUGCUUAACCCUCAGUCUGCUCUGCCUGUCCUACACCCAAGUCUGAAACAGGGUGGUGUGUGCGCUGUGUAUUUAGCAAACAUCACGCAGGUUACUGACCUUUUAGACAGAAUACGGACCUGCAAGCUCCCUUUUUUGUGUGAAAGGAUCAUUGAGGUAACUCAUAGAAAUUGGUUGGUACUCCCUGCUAAAAUCAAGAAUGGCAAAUCAAGACAAAUGGUGGAAACUCAAGAAAAUAUUGAAGAACCACCUCGAAAGGAAUACAACGAAAUCCACAUUGAGGAUCAAGUAGUUCUUAAAGAAAGUGAAAACCAUGAAUCACUUUCUGAUGAUGCUGAAACAUACUGCUCGGUGCCUUACGUUGCUAGACCAUCUUAUUGGCAGGAUGCUCAUUCAGCAUUCCUUACCAAGCUGAGAAAGUUUCGACCGCUGCUUACUUGA